GUGCGGGUUUGGCCGCUGAAACCUGGCAACCCUGGUGCCGGGCCCAGUGUUCGCGGGAAACACAGGAUCUUUGGCCUUUUAUCGAUAAGGCUUGAUUUUAAUCUAAAAUAUGCUCGAUGAACUACAUAUCAAGAAAGCCACAUUUAUUUUACCCUGAAACAAACCGCUGCCAUCCGUUAACGGCCUUUUAUUUCGUUAAUACAGCUACAGACGCUAACAAUGCUAGUUAGCUAACAAUGCACUGCUGAACGUUGGAUCGUGAUGCUACAUGACCGAAAUUGGCCUCAAAGCAACAAAUAAUUUUAAAGAUUCUGCUGUAAAAAAAAAAAAAAAAACUACAGACAAAAUGAGUAUGUUCAAUUUGGAUCGGUUUCGGUUUGACAAGAAUGCAAAGACCACAAAGAAAGAAGAUACAAGAAAAGAAGAGUCAAAAAGUCCAGAUUCUGAGAAGGAAAACAAGCCAGCCAAAACAAAGCCCGUGAAAACCCUGUCCAAGCCCGUCUCUGCAGGAGUGGUGUAUCUGGAUUCAGACAGUGAUGAAGAUAAAGACAUCGUUUUUGUGUCAAAAGUAGCGUCAUCAAAUUCAAAAAAAUCACUAACAACAAAAUCUACGGACUCUUCUAAAGGGGCCACAAUGGAUUCAAAGAGUGAGGAGAAAAUCAAGAAAUUGCUGGCAAUGUUUCCUCAGUUAAACAGAGAUCAAGUUACAGAGGUGAUUGAAGAAAGAAGCACCCUGGAGGGAGCAAUCGCUACAUGUUUAAUCAGGUUUGGUGACAAAGACGGAGGUACAAAGAGGAAGAUGGAUGGAUCCUCAAGUUCUCAAGACGAUGAUAUUCAACCAGCGAAAAAGAGGAAGCCGUCAGUGGAGACUCUUGGAGAACAUGAGGCCCUUCAAACCCCGCAAAUGUUCUCCAACCCAGAAAAGGCCAGCAGCAGUUCACAAUCCAGUAAAGCUGAAAAGUCCACUGUUCAGAAAGACGAGAGUGACUGUGAUAGCAACGCUACAGUGGACAGUGAGGAUGAAGUUUCUUUUGUUUCAGAAAUCAAAUCAACCAAAAGUGAUGUCAGAGCCAUUGACUCAGAUGAAGCCAGUUCGGAUGAUGAUGCCAAAUCAGAUGCCAAAUCAGAUACCACAAAAGACAGCUCAGAUUCAGAAUUGGAGGAGGAGGACAACGACAGCAAAGAAAAAUCUAAACUUCUGAGUCAAAAGUACACAAAACCAGUUCAAAUAUCCAAACCAAAACCAGUUGAAUCCCCAGUGAAACCAAAAGAAUCUUCACAGUCCAGAUUGACCAGUGCUAUCAGUGUAGCUAAGAAAGCAGCAGAGGAGCGAAAGAUGCGUGUCCAGUCCAAAGCCAAAGAAGUCAGCUCUGAGGAGGAUGAUUACGGUGAAGAUGAAGAGGAGGAUGACGAUAGCAGUGAGUUUGACGAUUCUGAUGAAGAACUGGAGACCAAGGGCCCAUCAGACACAAAGACAGAAAUACUCAGGUUCUUCAAUGAGGCCACUGUAGAUGAGUUGACUCUGAUCUCCGGCUGCUCUCUCAAGAAAGCCCAAAAGAUCACAGAGCUGAGGCCCUUCGACAGUUGGGACACUCUGGAGGACCUCAUUCAUAAAGGCAAUGGACUUUCUGAGGACUUGUUGUUGAGUUGUAAAAUAGUCCUUAAAGAGCGGAAGGUGGUGCUCGGUCUCAUGUCUAAAUGCGAGACGAUUUCUUCAGAUCUGAUCAAACAGGUCUCACAGGUGAUGAAGAGUGACACACGCCCCGAUCAGCCUAAACUAAUCGACCCGUGCCUUAGGUUGAAACCCUAUCAGCUCAUUGGUCUUAAGUGGCUAAUGCUUUUGAACGAACACAAACUGAGCUGCAUCCUGGCCGAUGAAAUGGGUUUGGGGAAAACUAUUCAGGCCAUAGCGUUUCUUGCUCAACUUUACGAAAAUGGAGAUACAGGGCCGCACCUCAUCGUUGUCCCAUCCUCCACACUGGAUAACUGGGACAGAGAACUGAAAACGUGGUGCCCAAAACUCAAUGUUAUAGUUUAUUAUGGUUCUGCGGAGGACCGACGCUACCUCAAAUAUGAGAUCUUGAACGGGGAUGUCGAGUUUGACGUCAUAUUGACAACAUACAAUGUGGCUAUUGGAAACGACAGUGACCGCAGCCUUUUCCGCAAACUGCGCCUCAUCUAUGCUAUAUUUGAUGAAGGUCAUAUGCUGAAGAACAUGAACUCUCUACGAUAUCGUCAUCUUAUGGCUAUCAAUGCUCAACAUCGUGUGCUACUCACUGGGACGCCUGUACAGAACAACCUCCUGGAGCUCAUGUCUCUGCUCAACUUCAUCAUGCCCUCCAUGUUCUCUGACUCCACCUCUCAGCUCUCAAAGAUGUUCUCCUUGAAAUCCUCUGAGGGAGAGAGUAAAUUUGAAAGACAACGCAUUUCUCAAGCCAAAAGAAUCAUGAAACCGUUCAUCCUCAGAAGAGUAAAGAAUGAGGUCCUCAAACAACUCCCUGCCAAAGAGGAAAAAGUGGACUACUGCUCCAUGAGUGAGAAACAGGAAGAACUUUACCAAGCCCUUUUCAAAAAACUUAAACAAACAAAUCCAACCGAGAAGCGUGAGAUGUGCAAUGCAAUGAUGCAGCUCAGGAAAAUGGCCAACCACCCGCUUCUUCAUCGUCAGUAUUACACCACAGAGAAACUUAAAGCCAUGAGUAAACUUAUGCUGAAGGAGCCCACACAUUUUGAUGCUGAUGCUGCUCUGAUUCAAGAGGACAUGGAGGUGAUGUCUGACUUUGAGUUGCAUAAUCUGUGCAAACGUUACAACUCCAUCAGCUCCUACCAACUGGAGACGAGUGUCUUACUGGACUCAGGGAAGUUUAAACACCUCGUCGAACUGCUGAGCACAAUUAAAGAAAAGGGGGACCGUGUGGUGUUGUUCAGUCAGUUCACUAUGAUGUUGGACAUUGUAGAAGUGUUUCUGAAGCAUCAUAACCAUGGAUAUGUUCGUCUGGAUGGAUCCACCCCUAUUGCAGACAGGAUUAUGUUGAUUGACCAGUACAACAACGACAAAGACAUAUUUGUGUUCCUGUUGUCCACACGAGCUGGAGGUCUGGGCAUUAACCUCACCUCAGCCAAUGUGGUCAUCCUUCAUGACAUCGACUGUAACCCCUACAACGACAAACAGGCGGAGGACCGGUGCCAUCGGGUGGGGCAAACCAAGACUGUGCAGGUGAUCAAACUCAUCAGUAAAGACACAAUAGAAGCUUGCAUACUUCAGCUGGGUCUGAGGAAACUCAAACUGGAGCAGGACAUGACUGCAGCAGACACAACUGUGGAGGGGACCAUCCCUGAAGACAUGGCCUCGCUGCUCAAAGCUACACUGGGACUGUGAUACAAUACUUACAAUAAGAAUAGACUCUUCUCUCACUGAAUUUGCUACACUGGAACAAACCUAAAGACCAAAUGCUGCAGU